AGAACGCGUACUGAGUUGAUCAGACUGCGCGUUCCCGCCGCCCACUCUUUCUCCUUCAUUUCCUCUCUCUCUCCUUUCUUAAAAAUAUCAGUAAUGGAACCGAAAUGUAAAACAUCUCAUUUUUAGUUCUGAACAAAAGUACUUGCAUCAAGGAACAAGAAAAUCAGUUGGUUUAAUGGCAAAAUCAAAGAAUUGUGACGCCAAGAAGCAGUCGUACAUUUAUGUUCCUUCUCAGAUAAUCAACUCUCUCUCCUCCUCUUCUCUCCAGUCGCUUCUCGUUUCUCCAAAGAAAAGGAACUCAAACAAGUUCCUUUUUGGCUACAAUUCAUGCAGAAGCCCAAGGGUUUGGUUGUCCGCUCUCUUUUUCUUCGGCCUUGUUGGCAUGUUGAGGUUGCGCUGGAAUGUUGACACUUUGGUCCCAUUCUCUCCAUACCCAUGUCUCCAAAGUACUCAACCAAAACCGCAUCUGGGUUUUGCUUCAAGCAUUGAUGAAGUUGGUAAAAAAGACGAUUUUUUUAUUGCUAAUAAUAACGGUCAGCCUCCUAAUUAUUUACAUUCGGAAAGUGAGUUUUGGAAGCAGCCUAAUGGGAUGGGUUACCGGCCGUGCUUGGAUUUCAGUGCCGAGUAUAGAAGAGCAACUAAGGCCAUUGUGAAGGACAGGAGAAAGUAUUUGCUGGUGGUGGUUUCAGGUGGCAUGAAUCAGCAAAGAAAUCAGAUUGUGGAUGCUGUUGUCAUUGCCAGGAUACUUGGAGCUGCUUUCGUUGUUCCCGUCUUGCAAGUCAACGUCAUCUGGGGUGAUGAAAGUGAAUUUUCUGAUAUAUUCGAUUUGGCUCAUUUCAAGAGAGUUCUUGCCGAUGAUGUGCGUAUACUAUCGUCAUUGCCUUCUACACAUAUAAUGGCAAGGCCGGUAGAGGAGAAUCGGACUCCACUUCAUGUCUCGCCUCAAUGGAUUCGUUCACGUUAUCUAAAGCGGAUAAAUAGGGAAGGAGUUUUGCUUUUGCGAGGUCUGGAUUCAAGGCUCUCUAAAGAUCUUCCUCCUGAUCUUCAAAAGCUUCGCUGCAAGGUGGCAUUUCAAGCAUUAAGAUUUGCUCCACCAGUCCUUGAACUUGGUAACAAGCUCGCUCAGAGAAUGCAGGGCAAGGGACCCUACCUUGCUCUGCAUCUUCGAAUGGAGAAGGAUGUAUGGGUGAGGACUGGUUGCCUUCCAGGCUUGAGCAAGGAAUAUGAUAAUAUGAUCCAUAAUGAAAGGAGAAGACGGCCUGAGCUUCUUACUGCAAGAAGAAACAUGACUUACCAUGAGCGAAAGCUUGCAGGACUUUGCCCCUUGAAUGCUUUUGAAGUGACUAGGUUGCUUAAAGCUUUGGGGGCUCCUAGGAGUGCAAAAAUAUACUGGGCUGGAGGGCAACCACUGGGUGGGAAAGAAGCCUUGUUACCGUUAACCAGAGAAUUUCCCCAUUUCUACAAUAAGGAAGAUCUUGCAUUGCCUGGAGAAUUAGAACCAUUUUCUAACAAGGCUUCUAUUAUGGCUGCCAUCGACUAUAUAGUUUCUGAGAAAAGCGAUGUUUUCAUGCCAUCUCACGGUGGAAAUAUGGGCCACGCAAUUCAGGGACAUAGAGCGUAUGCAGGGCAUAAAAAGUAUAUAACUCCAAACAAAAGACAUAUGCUCCCUUAUUUUCUGAACUCUUCUCUCCUCGAAGGAGAGUUCAACAGGAUCAUAAAGGAAUUGCACCAUGAAUCUUUAGGGCAGCCAGAACUCCGGACUAGCAAAGCUGGAAGGGAUGUAACAAAGUAUCCGGUUCCAGAAUGUAUGUGCAACAAUGUACAUACCCACUCACUUUAAUUCUGAAGGCUUCCAACAUGAUAGCUACAUUACAAGAAAUAGCUUCAUUGAGAAUUGGGAAUUCCUGGUGCUACCCCGAAUUUGAUCCCUUGGAAAAUUUGAUAGUAAGAUUUUUGGGCAAUGAUGAUUCAUUGGGGCGCCAAUUUAAGAGCAACUGCAGCCUGCAAACGCUUUUCGACAGUACUUGCAUUUUGUCUUUGCAUGUACCAUCCUGCUUGCAUGGGUAUGUAUUUUUUCAAGGCAAGAUAGAUGUUGUCAUAUAUUGAGAAUAUAUAUAUGAUAGUUAUCAUUCGUUGAUUCUUUAUAGGAAGAUAUUUUCCCCUCUCAAGAACUGAUCUUUUAGUUAUUUCAUUCUUUCCAUUGAACAUACGUACCUCAUUAUGAUACAUACAUUUACAUUUGGUAAUAAAGCGUUCCAUUUCUGAAA